AUGAAUGGCCAUUCCGGAGCCAUGUCGCCUGUCUCUGUCGAUGGCAGCGACUGGUCUGGGAUCAACCAGUACCAGAAAUCUGACCCGCCCUUCUCCCCGACCUUUUCAUCCCGAGGCAAUCUUGCCACACCCCCGACCUCCGGUUCCCCCAGCGCACCCUUGAGCCCGAAUCUCGCAGCGCCCACCGGCAGCGGGAACCCAUCGCCGCCGAGCUCGGUGGCCGCCCGGUCCAGCGUGGGUACGCUGGCCGAGCGCCCCCGCGAGGGCCAUGGCCGGCGACACCGACAGAUGGAGGAAAUCCUGUCGCAGCACUACGCUGCCCUGAGACGAUUCCUGAACGCCGCCUAUCGGGACGACCGGGCAAAUGGCAAAUCGAACAAAGCCCGCGACAAGCUGCUGCGGCUGUCGCCCACCCAGUUCCACGAACUCAGUACCGAUGUCUACGACGAGUUGAUCCGCCGCCAGCAGGCCAUGCCGCCUCCCGGGCGGCCGCCUCGCCCCGAUGUGCCCCCGUUUCUUCCGCCGCGCGACGACUUCCACGAGAAACGCAACCAGGCUCGCCAGAAACUCGCCUCGCUGCAACAUGGCCGUUUCCGAGAUUUGGCAACCGAUGUCUUUUGUGAACUUGAGCGACGCUUCCCGCACUUUGCUAGCCGAGACUAUCGCGGUCGGCCGCCGCCCAACAUGCCCCCCGGUGCUCGUCGUUCGCAGUCCCGGGGGCCUCCCCCUCGCAUGGGCCGAGGCUACCCAUCGGGUGGCCCGCCGGGUAGUCCGUUUCCUCCACGCCAUGGCUCGAUGGGAGGCCCUCCAUCAGCGAAUGGAGACGGGCCACUUCCUCGGUCUUUCCAGAGCAAUACGAUGGUUCCGAAUAAGAGUACGAUGGUCGAGGAUAGCGAUGAUAUGGGACCGGAAGACGACGAUGAUGCCCGAAGUGAUGCUUUUGCUUUGGACGCUGUUCUGAGCAGACGAGGCACCACAACGACGCUGGGUGACAAUGACCGAAAAUUGCUGUCGGAAAGCCAGUCACAAGUUUCAGUGCUGCAGGAGAAGGUCGACAAGUUAGAAGAAUUGGUUCGUUCCAAGGAUGAGGAGCUGUCCCAAUCUCGAGACUCGGACCACUCUGGGGUCAGCCAUGCUGAACGCGAGGAGUGGGAUGACCUGCGGCAGGAGUUGGAGAGUAAGGUAUCCAAGGCCGAGGACUUGAACAGCUCGCUCCAGCUCGAACUCGAUAGAGUUCGGGCAGAGCAGGACACCAUGGAACGGGAUCUUCGCAGCCAGAUCGAUAGUAUCUCCGGAAGCUCCGGCGAUGCGGAUUUACAAGCUCGCCACGCGCAUCUGGAGAGCAAACACCGAAGCUUGCAGGUCGAGUUGCAGCAGCAGCAGCAGGUGACUGAUGAGGUUCGCCGGGAAGCGUCCGCUUUCCUCAUGGAAAUGAAGACCCUCACUGCGCAGAGUCAUUCUAACUGGGAACGCGAAGAGCAACUCUCGGGUGACAUUCAACGACUCGAGGCCGAGGUCAAUGAGUGGAAGCAUCGCUACGCCAAGGCGAAGGCGCAGGUACGGCAUCUGCGCACCUCAUCCGGUGGCAUUGCCGACUCCCGGCCCGAUGCAAGUGUCUUGGCCAAGGAGCAUGAGCUGGUGCAGGUUGACGGGCUGGUCAAGGAUAUCCAUGUGACCAAGUUCCAGAUGUCGGUGGACGAGCUGCUCCGAGUUGCGCGGUUUGAGGAAUCGCCCUCGGUGUUCCAGCAGAUCAAGUUCGUCGUUCUGGCAGUCCGCCAUAUUCUUCAGGACGUCGACCAAGCCCCGGCUCCCCAAGAUGGCUCGGCCGCCCUGCGCACCAAGGCCAAGGAUCAGGUAUCGACCACAGCGAACAAUGUCCUCGUUGCUGCUCGCAAUUUUGCCAGCUCCAGUGGCCUCUCCCCAGUUUCCUUGCUGGACGCGGCGGCUUCGCAUCUUUGCACUGCCGUCGUGGGACUGGUUCGGGUGGUGAAAAUUCAAGCAUCGCCUGCGCAUGAGUUGGAAGAUGACGAUGUGGACGUGUCGCACAUGAAUGUCCCCGACUACUUCAGCACAAGUGCCAGCCAACGGCGCUACAGCAACCACUCCGUGUACAGCGCCAUGAGCAUUCCGGACCAGACCAAUCUCCCCGAGAGGCAGAAUGGCGUGCCUAAUGGUAUGGAUUAUGGUUAUGGAGCUCCGCGAGGAGACCAUGAGCUCCAAGAACUCAAGUACUACGUUGAAGAUCAAACCGACGGCAUGGUCCAAUCCAUCCAGGCUUUGGUUGCUAGUAUCCGGGCCGAGCAGGGAUUGAACACCGUCCAGACCCAUGUUUCUGCCAUCUCCGACGUGGUUGCCAACGUGGUCUCGUCCACAGAACAUCUGAUCCACGAACGCAGUGGAGAUGUGGCUCUGCGCGAGCGCUCCGAGCCUGUGGUCCAGGCGCUGGAUCAAUGUCGCGGCCGGCUGAUGGCUGCUGCUGCCGAUGGCCAGGACGCUACCAGUCCUGACCAGGAGCGCGAAGUCACCAACAAACUGCCGCCGAUUGCGUUUGAGAUUGCUCGACAGACCAAGGAGCUUGUCCAACGCCUGGAGCCUACUGACGAUGAAGAUGACUUCCGGUAA